CAAUUCAGAAGGGCACCAGAUGGCACAAAACCCUGAACAGUAUGCGAAUUUACGGAGCUAUUGAACGUAACGCGAAUCACGUGACCAGGCCAGUUCUCCACCGUUAGCAAGGUGGCUAACAAGAUUUAGCUCCCUGGCGCACCAUUGCGUUGCUACACGAAAACCCGACGGAAGCAAGGUAGACUCCGCUCGGCGAAAGAACAAAGUUUGUUUGCCACGUCACGCUGCCAGCAGGAUACAGAGAGCACGAUGCCAGAGCCGGCUGAGAUGAGCGGUCCUGAAGUGGCCAAGACACCGGGAGGUGGCGCUCCAGGGAAGGAGGGCAAGGAACCGGUGGCAAAUGGGCAUGCGGGCGAUACCAACGACGCCAACCCUUUUGCCGAAUACAUGUGGAUGGAGAAUGAGGAAGAGUACAAUAGACAGGUGGAAGAGGAGCUGUUGGAGCAGGAGUUCCUGGAGCGCUGCUUCCAGGAAAUGCUAGAGGAGGAGGACCAGCAUUGGUUCAUCCCAUCACGUGACCUCAACAACCAGGGGGUGGAGCAACUGCAGCAGCAGCUCAACGGCCUGUCUGUCGGCGAACACAACAGCAACCUGGAGGAAGUGGCGAGGAAGAGUGUUUUGAAUCCCGAAGCGAAGGAGUUUGUCCCGGGGAAGAAAUACUAGGAGUCCCCCUCACCCCCAUGGAGCCUCCGCACACACACACACCAGUCACCACGUAUUCUCAGAGACUCUGGCGACCAUGAGUGCGCACACUGAUUCUCAUACACACACACACACACACACACACACACACACACACACACACACACACACACACACACACACACACACACACACACACACACACAAUUACAGUACCAUUGUGUGGGCAGGCCCAGCUGGGGGGUGGGGGGAUUUGUUUUUCUGUUUUUUUUUCCUUUUUAUUUCCUGUUUGUUUCUUGUAAACUGAGGGACAUUUGGGAAUGGGGUGGGGGAGGGGUGUAGCACCAGUCCGGCCCAGUGGGCGCUAAGCGCAUCACUGCAUCAUUUCAGACAACACGACAAGGCUUCACAGAGCAGGCGGAAACCCACUGACACCCCCUGGGAACCGAGGCAGCUAUCAUGGAGCGAUGCUUGACUUGACAAACUUAGAACCUCCGCGCCUCCCAAAAAUGUAAAAAAAAAACAACCAAAAACCUUAAUUAAAAAUCAUGUUUCGUCAAAUUGGGAUUAAAAAAAGCCAAGAGGUUUGAAGGCUUUCCAUACCAGCAAGGUUCCAGAGGGGACUUGGUGGUGGCCUCGCUGCUCUGUCCAGCUAUUACAGUCCGAUCCGUUAACGCCUGUGAUAUCAUCACAGCUCCUGUGCAUCCAUAUUUGUAGGAUGUUCAUUUAUCGCAAUAGCUCAGUUCCAAACCAAAUAGUUCAUGAUUCUUGUGACAGGUCAACUCAAAUGUUGCCAAUUGUGGAAAUAUAUAUAUUGUGUCCUCCCAGGAGAGGGGGGAGUGUUUGGUGUGGAACACAGCCAUUGCCAAAUUGUCCAGCAUUACAACCAAGCGUCCAUACUCAUCAGCUUUUAAAUAGCCUCUCCUCUGUUUUCUUUGUUUAUCUUCUCAUGUUUUGAGGAUGUUCUGUGUCUACUGGGUUCAAGUAGCCUGUAAAUUAGGGAGAUGUGUAGGGGCCAUAUUGUCAAAUGCCAGCGUCUACCUGGUUUAACAGCAGUAUGUGGUGAACCUCUGUGCUCCUGUCUGAUGGUUGAUUUGUAAGAAGUUCUCUUGAGCCAUUGUUGAUUUCUGUCUUUGAGAGUCAUAGGAAAAAGUUGGAUGCAGGUGAGGACAUCCAAUCAGUUACAUUGAUUAGUUACCGUUAACAUUUACCUUGAUGGCGUCAAGUUCAUAUUGAUGCAGGUAAGGACAUCCAAUCCGUUACAUUGAUUAGUUACCGUUAACAUCUACUUUGAGGGCGUCAAGUUCAUAUUUGAGCACUUUAGGAGAAGAGUUUAAUCCAAUCUAGUUUGCGCAGCUCGUCUGUUCGUAUUUUUUCUUUCCCAGCGACGGACUCGGCUCACUGUAGAACUUCCUUGUGUGCCCCCCUCCCUCGGUGAAGCUAAUGGAUUGUCCGCCAGGUGGAUUGUGCAACAUCAGUCUUGGUGAUUUUUGUUUUGAGUUAGAAGACAGAAGCAGUAAAAAAAAAAUAAAGAGGUCCAGAAGACACAGAGUAUGCAUUAUCAACAAAAGUCCUGAAAAAAGAUGAAUAAAGAUGCUAAAGACAAA